AUCGCCAUCAUCGGCGAAGGCCUUGCUGGGUUGACCUUGUCUAUUCGGCUCACUCGCCAUGGUAUUCCUCACAAAAUAUAUAAGUCGGUACCAGUCUUUCCUGAGAUAGGUACUGGGAUUGCGCUGGGACCGAAUGGCAUUACGGCACUGGAGCUUAUCGAUCCCCUAAUAAAAGACUGCUUGAAGAAAUGUAUCACUUACAAUAAGGGAGUUAACGAGGAAGGCGAAGGGGUGGCAUUUUUUCGUGUCUCUGAAUGUGUACAAGAUACUGACAACAUCGAAACAAAAUUCAAUACCUUGAUAACGAUAGUCUGUCACACUGGGUCUCCCAAACCUGAUCGAGCAUAUUUCCAUCCUACAAGAUUUCUCGAUAAACUCAUCAAGCUUAUUCCGCCAUCCACUGUCUCCUUCGGAAAAUCUCCGAUGUCAAUUUCGGAGAAUUUAUUAAAAAGUAACCUCUUUCUCAACUUUUCAAAUAGCUCUAAAGCUAUAACAUGUGCCGUUAUAGCCUGCAAUAGUAUAAAAUCG